GCCUUUCUGGAGGAGGAGCAAAAAGCAAAAAAAGAAAAAAAGAAGAGACAAAAAGGGGACAGCUUUGCUGCGCAAGACACAGCAGCAGCAGCAGCAGCAGCAGCAGCAACAGCAGCAGCAGCAGCAGAGGUGUCAGACGAAGAAGGAGAGCCAGCAGCAGCAGCAGCUACAGGAGAACCAGCAGCAGCGACGACAGCGGAGCCAGCAGCAGCAGCAGCAGCAGCAGCACCAGCAACAGCAGCACCAGCAGCAGCAGCAGCAGCAAGUUUAG